AUGUCUUAUAGGUCAAUUAAAAAGACAGAUACACCAUAAUUUAGAAUUCUAAGUGGUUAAAAAACAAGUCCAAAUAAGUUUAUUUAUAAAAAAUGUACUUCAAUCUGUGAUUCAUAAUUGACUCUACGAGAUUCUAAAAACAUUAAUCUUAAAUCAUAUAAUUAGAAUACUCCUACUAAAAAUACUAAAUUAUUUUUUUCAGACUAAUAAGAAACUUAAGAAAAGCAACCCUUAUAGUAAUUAUAAACACCUUGUAGAAAACCUCCCAGACCAUAGACACACCACAAAACAGAAUUUGAAGAAGUAGAAUUCAAUUAAUAAGACCUUCAAAAUGAAUAAAAAUAUAUUCAUUUGCAAUAAAAAUCAGAAUAAAAAGGAGAAAUAAAAAAUACUAAAAUAAACAAAUUUAACAUUAGUUUAUAAGAUCCAUAGUUCUAAAUCAGCAAUAACAAUUCUAAUUACACUGUGACUAGUAUCAGGAAAUAAUUAAGCACAAAAAUGUUAUUAAAAAAUUAAAAUUCCAAUAAUCCAGAAGAUCAAAAUUAUGAAUUCAAAAAGAGAAAUUGUAAUUCAUUUCAAUAGUAGUCAAAAUUAAAAGAAACUAAUUCUCAAAAUUCAUUCGGGAAUAUAUAAUAAAUCGAACCCAAUAAUUAAUAAACAUAGUAUCAAAACGAUGAUAUUAUCUAAAACAAUUAGAAUAAUAAAUAAUCUAAAAAUUCUGAAUAGUAAGAUUCUUAUGAUACUUCAACGUUAACUACCCUACAAAAGUCAAAAAGCUCCAGAAAAUUUAAUUUAAUAAAAAAAGUUUCUUAAGCAAAUUUUCAAAAUCAAUUACAUUUAGAAAAUAUUUUAGAAGUAACUAAUGGAUAAGAGAUUUCUUAAAAUAUUAUUUCAAAUUAAAUAAAUCAUAAUCAAUAAGAUAUUUUUAAUUAUUCAUCUGAGAACAGCGAACAAAAGUUUAUUAAAUAACUUAAUUAAAUAUAUUUACACAAUACUAAAUACUUAUUUUUAAAUUGUAAAAAUGAAAAUUGUAAUUAUUUUUGUAUAUUGACAUCAUUUCAUAGACAAGAUUAUUAUUGUUAAUAAUGUGAAAUGUUAAGUGUAAUAGGUGAUGUUUCCACAAAAAAAGUUAUCAAUAAAUGCAAUCACACUCUUAACUAUAAAGAGAUUAUUUAUAUAGUUUAAGAUGCAAUACAAUUUAAAAAACUUGCUCGUUGUAGUUCUUGUUAAUGGGAAAUAAGUUAUACUUAUAUUAAAAGAAUCGAUUUGACAAAACUAUAUAUUUAAUUAAAAUUAUAAUUAGAGAUUAAAAACUUAAAGAACUCUAUACUUAAGAAUACAUAAUUUUAAAUUGCUGAAUGUACAGGACCUGAAUGUGACUUCUUUACCUUAUGGAAUCCUAACUAACCUAAAUUAAAAUAAGGAUUUUGUAUUUUUUGUGAUAAAAGGAUUGCUUUUAAAAUGGAUCACCCUAGUUAAAAUAUUCUUUAUUAGAUUAAUUGUGGACAUGAGAUUACAACUUAAAAAUUAUUAGGGUUAUCUUCAGAUGCAUAAAUUUUAAAGGAAUUUGCUAAAUGUCCAUAAUGCUAGGUUAUAAUAUCCUUAAAGUAAUUUAAGUAAUUAGACUCAUAGGGUGAAUAAUACAUUGAAUAUGCAAUCAAAAAAUAAUUAGAUAUACUGA